AUGCUCCGCAGUGCACUCCUCUUCCUCUUCGCCGCCUGCCACACGGUGGCCGCCAUGGGCGUCGCAUACGACACGUACAACGCCAAGGACAUUGACAAGCACUUUCGCUCGAUCAAGUCGCGCUUCUCGGCGGUCCGCACGUACCAGACGUACCUCUGGAACCCGACCCGGAAUGCGAUUGACGCGGCCAGCGACAACGGCUUGCCCAUCUACGCAGGUAUCUGGCUCCGCAACGGCAUGGACUACAACGCCGAGGUGAACGCGGUCAUUGACGGCUGCAAGCGCCACGGUCACAUCGUCAAGGCCGUCUUUGUCGGCAACGAAGACAUCAGCAACGGCUGGAACCAAUGGCAGGUGCGCGACAAGGUCAACGACGUGCGCGGCCGCCUCCGCGCCGCCGGCAUCAACGUCCGCGUCGGUACGGUGCAGACCGACGGCGACUGGCUCAACAACCCCGACUUGGCCAACGCGUGCGACAUCAUGGGCGUCAACAUCUACGCGUUCUUUGGCGCGUCGCCCAACUCGUGGACGAAUCCGAUCUUGGAUUUGGACGCGCGCUGGAACCAAAUGGCCAACCGGUUUGGCAGCAACAAGCUGCUUUUGACCGAGACGGGCUGGCCCUUUGGCGGUGGCAACAACGGCAACCACGUCUCCAACUGGGGCAACGCGGUCGACCACUUUAACAAGGUCAACGCGUGGUCGCGUUCGAAAGGCGGCGAGAACCCCAUCUACUUUAUGUACCACGACAACCCGGCCAAGGGCGGGUUCGAAGCACAGUUUGGUGUCGCCAACGCCGACGGCAACUACAAGUUUGACUUUUCGGCCCUGACGCCCGGCAGCGGCGGCGGCGGCGACGACAAGCCCAGCGGCCAGUUCCAGCUCAUCACGAGCCGCGGCAAGGCGCUCCGCGAGUGGUAUGGCGGUGUUGCGGCCAAGGACAACAACUGGGACGGCUUCACCAAGUGGACGUACGAUGCGAACACGCAGCAGAUCAAGAACUACGGCGCCAACAAGUGCCUCGACGCGUACAUGGACGGCCCCAACGUCAAGGUCAUCCACGCGCGCUUUUCCACCAAGUGGACGUACGAUGCGAACACGCAGCAGAUCAAGAACUACGGCGCCAACAAGUGCCUCGACGCGUACAUGGACGGUCCCAACGUCAAGGUGCACGUCUACCACUGCGACGGCAACAACUCGAACCAAAAGUGGCGGCUCAACGGCGCCAAGGUCAUCCACGCGCGCUUUUCCAACAUCUGCCUCGACGCUGACGUCAACAACUGGAGCGAAGCCGUCCAGGUCUGGUCGUGCGUUGACAACAACUCGAACCAGAUCUUCAAGAUUGGCUACUAA